UUGCGUUUCAGUGCUGUCUCUCUCUUUAACCUGUCAGUAGAGACACGGAGCUCCUGGACUGCAGCCAUGAGGAACCUGCUGACCACAAACGAGCAGAACUUUUACCGUGAGCUCAUUCUGAAGGAGGCUUACACACGCCUGGCAUGGAAGGUGAAAUACAGUAAGGAAUACCCGAGUAUUUUCACGUCUCGCAGACCCAAAUCCAUUGGGCUUUUUAACCCUCCACCUGCCGAUAAACUCAUUUUACCGCCUGUUGUGGAACCGCGGGAAAAGCAGCGCGCAGCGCAGGUGCGGCGGUCCCUUAGUGAGGCUCCUCUUAUGAGACCCGUGAGCCCGCAGACCUCUGGCGCUCUUUAUCAGGGAAUCUCCACCGAGGGCAAAGGAAGACUCCUGUACCUGAGGAAAAGGGCUCAAAAGGGCCCAGAGGAGAAGUUUGACUACCCCAUACUCUCCUCCUGGGAUUAUGGAUGGAGACUAGGUGACUUUGAAACUGACUGCAGGACUCCAGCCAAUGGGAGAUCUGGCGUGGUAAAGAGUGCUUUCUACGCCAGGAAUGGCAUUUUUAAUAUUCCCGCAGCCACUGAUCAACUCGGAUGAAAUAUUAUUAGAUUUUUUUUAACCUGAAAAUACAGUAUUCACAGUACAAACCUAAAACUCACUGAGUCUGAAGCGUUUGCUGAAGUAAAUCUUUUAUUUAAAUGGUAAAUGUUAUUUUAUUUAGUUAACCAUGUCUAA